GUGUGCGUGUCUGGUACGUGCGGCCCAGUUGAUUCACGGUGCGGUGCGUCAAUGUGAAUUACGUCCGCUGGCCGCGAACAUGUGUUCGUGUCAGCCAGUGCCAUCUAUUCUAGCCGUCCGUCCGUCCGUCCAUCCAUACAGCAAGAACGGAAUGAAAACAAGUCAACGGAAAAGUAACGAACGAAGGAGCGCGGAUCGAGAAAGGAUUGAACGCGGCCACGGAACGGAAUUGUGAAGAGCUGCUGUAUUUUUUUGUUGUUCAUUAUUCCUUCGAAUCACGUCGCGAUUGUUCAGUGCUUGCAGUGAAUUUCUCAUUGCUCUAUUAGGUGGGUGUUUAGCGAUUUUAACGAUUUGUUUUUGUUUUGUUCUUACGGUGUUACAGUAUUAGUGGUUGGAAAGUGGCAUACCAGAGAAGGAGAGAGAGAGGUAGAGAGAUCAGUUGACGGGUUAGCCUUCGGAAGGAUAAUGUCGAUUGGCUGUUAAAGAAUAAGGCAAAACAAAAAAAACCCGGAUCCAUCUGUGAAUGCGAUGAAAUGUACAUUCUGGUGAAGUGAAAAAUUUUACCUGCAGAAAAGAGUAGUGCCUGUUUUGAAUAUUCGUGUGACACUAACACCAGCUUAGGAAGGACAACGCAUGCAGUCGCAAGGAAGUGAAAUAACUGGAUAGAACGAAGGAUAUCCACAUUUUCUUUCGGCUGAUCGUGAUUAGACCCGGACAGCGCAAUCUUCGAACAACCAGAGAUUCGUAAGAGGAGCGAGAUUGCCGUCCAACAAUGGACGAACGGCGGGUGGCCGACUACUUUGUGGUGGCCGGCAUGCCGGAGAACCCAAAGCUGCUGAAGGAAAACAUCUUCAACGAUUCGUCCCACCUUCGGUUGGCGUUUUCGAUCGAUCCGAUCACCGACAUCGGAGUGUUUUUUCCCUCGCUGGGCGAGAAGAUCCCAGCGGAUUAUGAGGUACUGGAGAACACACCGACCGGGCUGUUGGCCGACUUGAACUACGGUUCGGUACGGACGGUAGCCUGCUUUAUCUACUUUCGCCGGGGGAAGGACAAACCACCGCUGGUCGACAUCGGUGUCAUGUACGAGGGAGUGGAAAAGAUCAUGACCGAUGCCGAGAUUGUCCUCAACACACCGGGCGAUCGGUUAGCCAACGUAAACAACUCCUCCGCCAAAACGUUUCUCACUUUUCGGAGGGCAAAAACGGAUAUGCCCUGUAACGAGCUGGUCGUGACGGAUCUGUGCGUGGUCGUUCCGUCGAAGGGGGAGAAACCGCCGCAUGCUUUCUGUAUGAUUCACAAAACCCUCAACAAGGGCAUCAUGGGCAGCGACGUUUAUCUGUGCUACAAAAAAUCGAUGAAUCGUCCCAAGUUGAUUAGCUAUCAGCCGGAAAUUCUGCACCGAUAUCCCACGGUAGAUCACAACGACUUUCCGCUGAACCACUGUCCAAGUGUGCCGCUGUUUUGUCUGCCCAUGGGUACCACUCUGGAAGCCUGGCCUCAUGUACCCGGUGGCGAUGGGAAGCUCAAACGUAAACCAAUUCAGCCAACAUUCAGCACGUUCGUGCUGACCGUCAACGAUGGAACCUACAAAGUGUACGGUUCGGCCUUAACAUUCUACGAAGACUUCAAUGAAAACCACUUAAACGAUCAGCAACGGGAACUGCUCGAGUGGACCCCGGAAUCGCAAAAAACACAUUCGCUGCAUGUAAACAAAUCCAUCUGUCUUCUGUCAAGAUGGCCCUUUGGGGAUACCUUCGAAAAGUGGCUACAAUUUCUACACGCAACAUCCGUUCUCAACGAAGCAAUACCCGUUCCGAUCGAGCGCUACAUCACCCAUCUGCUGGACGAAGUGCCAUUUCCGUCGCCAAGCAUUAUGCUGCAGCUUUCCAGUUUCAGCAACGACCGAAUUCUGCUAACACUGCCGGAAGAUUCUCCACUGCCCCGCAGUGGUGCCGGAUUCCGUCAGUUACUCUCCAAUCUGGGCGCCGAAAACUGUCUUCACGUGUUGCUGUUGGUGAUGACGGAGCAGAAAAUCCUUAUCCACUCGUUACGACCGGCCACCCUGACUGCGGUCGCCGAAGCCGUUUCUUCGUUUCUGUUUCCGUUCAAGUGGCAGUGCCCGUACAUUCCUCUCUGUCCACUGGGGCUUGCCGAGGUACUUCACGCUCCGUUGCCCUAUCUGAUCGGGGUCGAUUCGAGAUUUUUCGAUCUUUACGAACCGCCCAACGACGUGACCUGUGUCGAUCUGGACACCAACAAUAUCAGUCUGUGUGAAUCGCAAAAACAUCUUACUACAAAAUUGCUUCCGAAAAGAGCCGCUCGAACGUUGAAACAAACCCUCAGAAAUUUGGACGAGCUUCAGCAGAACACGACGUGCGACUCGGCCAACAGUUUGGAUCGGGAUUUCAAGAAAAAGAAACGCGAACAAAAUCUGGAACAGAAAAUACAGGAAGCGUUCUUGCAGUUUAUGGCUUCCAUUCUGAAAGGCUACCGGGAAUAUUUGGUUCCGAUCUCGCAGGCUCCCACGAGCCGUGCCACCGAUCCGGAUGCGUUGUUUCAGUUGAACGCGUUUCUUCGAUCGCGGGACAAGGCCCAUCAUAAGUUCUUUCAGAUGCUGAUGAAAACCCAGAUGUUCAUAAAAUUCAUCGAAGAACGAUCGUUCGUUUCGGACGGGGACCACAAUCUGGCCUUUUUCGAUGAAUGUGCCGAGAAGGUCAGUGCAUUCGAAGAUACUCCCACUGAGAUUAAGCUAAUUGAUUGGGACGCCGGUCAGAGUAGCGAGCGAACCAAGGUCAUACUGCCACCCGAAUGUCAACCGGGACUUCCGGAGCAAAACUAUUACUACAGUUCCUUUACCCUGAAUCCGAUUCUGUUGAAGCAAUCCCGACGAAGCCUACUGGUUCAUGCUUUGCAGCAACCCGGAAGUCUGGCGCCCGGUUCUCCGAUGGCACGCCGAACGAAACAUGAGAUUAAAACCGCCCAGAAACUAGCCCGCAAACACCAAGCAAAUCCGGAACUGUGGGCCAAACAUCUGCUAGCGGCCUGUUACUCGAUCUACUUUAUGGUCCUGCCGAGUCUGAUAUCGGAAAAUGCCGGCAGUGAGCAUUCCAUCCUGAAGACCGCCUACGAUUUGCUCGGCAAAGCUUGCAAGCUGAAAAUUCAAUGCGACGAAGUUUGCUAUCGCAUCAUGAUGCAACUUUGCGGAAUGCACAAUCUGCCGGUUCUGGCCGUCCGACUGCACUAUCUAAUGAAACGAUCGGGCAUUCAACCGAACGCUCUAACCUAUGGCUUCUACAAUCGAUGCGUUCUGGAGGCGAAAUGGCCCUCGGAUUCCAUCCUCUCCAGUCAGAUGCGAUGGAAUCGACUGCGAAACAUUGUCAUAGGGGCAGCUCAUUUUAAGCGUGCCGGGAAAAAAUAUGCCGCCCGUCGUCGGCUGUCGGCUUCACACGAAAACAAUCUUAGCACACUGGAAACCGUCGAUGGAACCUCUCGGACCAGUUUGGAUUCCGGUAUCUCACAGGCAGAACACCAAUCCAAUUCGAUUAUUGACUUUGCAACGUUCGAUAAGCUGCGAGGCCGCUUGGGAACGAUCGUUCGACAGUCUGGGUCGCCUCAGGAAUCAUCGGAUGUCCUGUCCAGUGCCGGUCUGCUAAUCAGCGGAGAAGGAAACCAUCUGAAAGCCAGUCCCAAAGAAGAACAAUCCUUCAAAGCACCCGCGGCAAGUCCGUGCGAUCUCAGCCCACGGGGAGUACUGGCACGGGCUGACAGCUUCGGUGGAGAUUCUAUCUUUAUUCAUAAGUUGCAGAAACAGGCACUGCACUACACGAACGGUGUCACUCCGAACGGGACCACCGGAGACAAUCCGAUCAGUCGGGUGAAGCGAGCGUUGGAUUUUCAAGCCGAAAACGAAACCAGCUCCCAGGAAGAGUUGGCCGAUGAAAAGACAAUCACGAAAACUAGUCCUACAAAAGUAUCACCACGUACCGUUGUGACCCAGGACGAUCCGUUGGGGGCUCUGAAGGACGACGAAGUGCUGGAAAUACAACAGUCAACGGAGAAACUUUCGCUGAAUGCCAACAGCGGUGGACAGAAUGGUGUCCAUCAUCACAACGAUACAAUCUACACCGAUCAGCCUGUGUUGUUCAAGGGACAACGGUCGGCCACGUUCGACGAUUCGCUGCAGCUGAACAAAAGUAUGCAUCGGUCGGAAACGAUGCCAGUAGGCAGUUCCGUUACGUCCAGUUUUGCCAGCAUCGGGUCAACGCUGAAGUUCAACUUUGGUCCCAGUUUGACCGGUAAAAAGUCCAACGAAAUCCUGCAGGGAGGACUCAGUAGUAUAAAAAAUGCAGCCACGUCAGUGGCGAAGAAAUUGGACGAGAUCAAGGAAGCCAUUUCGGCCAAUUCGACACCGGUGAAGACCGGUUCCGGGACGAUUUGCGCCAGCAACGGGGGCCUGGAACGAGAGGGGCUGGGCUCGGAAAGUGAUCUGUUGAACGACGAUGGAAAUGUGAAUGGCAAUCGUUCCCGGCGGGUGUCGAAUGAAUUCGAUCUCUGGGGACGAUUCAGCGAGUCCAGAAAGUCCAGCUACAACAAUCUAGUGCCUCUCGGGGAGAACACAACGUCGAGCAAUAGCCUGAAUACAUAUCCGACGCUACCGGAGAAUGUGUACCCGGACACGGCAGAGGACUACAAGCCUAGAGAAGCGGAUUUCGUGAUCCAAAUGACAUCGUGCCGGCAGUGCCGUAACUGUUCGGUUCUUCUGUACGAUGAAGACGUAAUGGCCGGCUGGUCGGCCGAGGAUUCCAACCUCAAUGCUAGCUGCAACGCGUGCGGGAAGGUGACCGUUCCGUUUCUUGAUGUGCAGAUUGUGUCGGAAGAGCAACGACAGUCACAGCAGCAGCAAUCGUCGGAAGUCAUCACCGUGCCAUAUCUGAAUCCGCUGGUGCUGCGCAAAGAGCUGGAAAACAUACUCGGCCAGGAGGGGGACUACGCACUAGCUAAGGCUAGUUUUGUCAAGGAACAUCCGAUCAUCUAUUGGAAUCUGGUUUGGUUCAUGGAACGCAUCGAUGUCAGCACGCAUUUACCUAAUCUCUGUCUGCCGAAAACGGAAGGAGACAACAUUGAUCCAUUGAGCAAUUUGAAAACUGUUUCCGUCCACUGUUUGUGGGACAACCCACGGCUCCACUCGGAGGCUGGCCCGGCCAUGUAUAUGCUCUGGAGACAGAACCAACCGGCCAGCCCUCUGCUGAAGGCACUGCUGACCGACCAGACAUCGAUAAAUCGAGCCGUCAUGCAACAGGUGAUCGCUUCGAUUCGUUGCAACGAUCUGAUGACACCGAUCAAACGGCUAGCGAACGAACGGCACAAGCUCAAACAUCGGGGUGUCGAUCGGACCCAUUCCAUCUAUCGGGACAUACUGUUUCUGGCGUUCAUCGCCAUCGGCCGGUCGAAUAUUGAUCUGAUUUCGUUCCACCGUGAGUAUGCCGCCGUGUUCGAUCAGCUUACCGAAAAGGAAUGCAACACCUACUACCGGGCUCAGGAUCUGCCACCAUCGGCAGCGGCCAUUUUCUGUCGAGCGUACUUCAAACCGUUGAUGUUGCCUUGACCUUCAACCAAACGAUGUGAUUUCGGUCGGUGGGAAUUGCCAGUGGGUUCGAAACGGCACGGCGGUCGGUAGUUUGUGGGUUUGUUUUUUUUUUAGGUGAUUUGGAAGGGGGACUACUGAACUAGCAAAGACGAACUUUAGUAUUGCUUUGGGUGGGCGAAACCUGCGUGAUAGAGAGCUAAAUAACUGUAAAUUAUUCUACUUAAACAUUACACCAUGUGAAGAAACGAUGACGAUCGAUAUAUUAUAGGUAGACCACUUCGUUUAAUUUUUUCAUCAUGAAGCCGCCUUUCAUGAACUUAAGUCUGGAUUUUUUUUUCGCUGUUCUUCGUUAGUGGAUAGUGUUGAGGACAAAUGAGAUUAUUGUGAUGCAAUACCGAUAUCACGCUUGCCCAAAUUGUUCGUUGAAGCAGCAUGGCAUAGAAAUGAUGAGAGUCUGGCUGAAGAAAAAGAAAAUAAGCAAAUCAUUCAUCCGACCUAAAAUGCAAACAAGUAAGUAAAAGUUACUCACACAGAGAGCACUUCAAAUUAUUUGAAAAAUAAACCUAAAAGUAAACUUUUCGCUGAAAUUUGUUGUGAUAGAAGAAAAUGUGUCUACUGGAAACAAACAAACAAACAAACAAAAAACUACAAUCGCUUAUCAGAUACGUAGCAAAACAGAAGCAAUUUAUUCGUGUUUUCGUUUUUAUUUUAUACAUGUGAUGGCAUUUGUUAGCCGCUCCCCGUUGGUUGCUUGUUCUUCUUCAUCCGUUCACAAUAACCGCAUCAUCUUCUCCUGAGAAGAUGGAACUUUGCUUUCUGGUUGUUAUAAUCGCGUUUUGAAGCAACACGAAAUAAGAUAGGUGAGACUAUAAAAAACUAUAUUUUUCUGCGGGGCUAUCCUAGAAAACAAAAACAUCAGUAAAAAAACUAGUUGAAAAUAUCGUAAAAUAUAUAUAUGAAAUACGGUUCAGAAAAAUAA